AUGAUGGGUGUAGGCAAAGAGACCUCGCCUCGCAAUGGCGUACCUGAUGGCAGUAUCACAUACCGCUACCUGACUUUCGAUACGCAUUUGACCCCAAUCACGACGCCCAUUAUAAUUCAAGGCAGAGUCGAAAAGCAGCUGUCGCCCCCUGAUUUGUCUUCUCUCACGGAUCCCUUUAGAUGGAGCCAAGCAAGAAAGUCUACGUUGGUGGCGCUUUCUUGUGUCGCGACCAUGUUCACAGCCUAUGCCGGCGGCUGCUAUGCAACUCCAAUUCCCGAGAUGGCCUCUUACUGGAAUUUGAGCGAGACCGCUCUUGACUCAGGCCUGCUCAUCUUCACCGUGGGGUUCGCCUUGGCCCCCAUGAUUCUUGCACCCCUUAGCGAGAUCAAUGGCCGCAGACCAAUCUUCCUCACCACGGGAGUGCUGUUUGUCAUCUUUUCUGUGUGUUGUGGUGUUACCCGAUCGUUCGCCGGUAUGAUGAUCGCACGCUUCCUAGCAGGGUGUGCAGGUUCGACAUUCAGCGCAAUAAUUGGUGGUGUAGUUGCCGAUAUGUACCGAUUUGAAGAUCGAAACACCCCAAUGACCUUCUUCACCACCUUUGUGGUUAUCGGUUGUGGCCUCGGGCCUCUUGUUUCUGGAUUCAUCUCUCAGAAUGCGUCAUGGCGUUGGGUUUUCUAUGCCAGUGCCCUAGAACUCGCAGGGGUUGUUAUUGCCAUGCUUUUUUUCUUCAGAGAGACAAGAGGGAAUAUUACUCUGAGAAAAAAAGCCGAUCUACUAAACAGCUGGUAUCAGGCGUGUGAGGACGCAGGGCAUUCCAUCAUGGAUGUCGAUGUGAAUGUAUCAAUCGAGAAAAGUCAAAACACAAAUCAGCCAAAUGGGGAACGUAUUCGCUGGCGCGUUAGAGCAGAUGUAGAAAGGCAGAGCAUCCGUCAAAUGAUCCAGGCAUCGCUAUACCUUCCAUUUUAUCUGCUUUUGACGGAACCUGUGGUCUUCUUUUUCUCACUCUGGAUGGCAUUCGCCUGGGCCAUCCUUUGGAUCAUGUACGGCGCUCUGCCGGACAUGUAUCAGAAUGUCUACGGUUUUAACCAGCAACAGCAAGGAGCUACAUUCGCGUCUGUAAUCAUUGGCGCUAUCGUCUCCGCUAUGCUUAGUAUCGCAUACGAAAGAUUUCGUACUCGGACGGGUAGAGCAAGCUUCACACCUGAGCAGCGACUAUAUUAUCCGGGGAUAGGCAGUAUUCUGCUACCCAUUGGGCUCUUCUGGUUUGGAUGGACAAGUAGAGAGGAUAUCCACUGGAUUGUGCCUACGCUUGCAAUUUUUUGUCUCACCAUGGGAAUAUUCUCAAUUAUUCUGGCAGUGGUGAAUUACCUAGCAGAUACGUACCAUCAAUACUCAAGCAGUGCCAUGGCAGCCAUGUCGUUCUGUCGAAAUAUUGCUGGGGGUACUUUCACAAUGUUCACUCGGCAGAUCUUCCAAGGCUUGGGCUGGGGAGGAGGUUCCAGCAUGCUAGGCGGCGUUGCAAUCUUGCUUAGUCUCGUGCCUUGGGUCUUGAUUGCGUAUGGCCCAAGGAUCCGCGCGCGUUCAAAGUUUGCCUCCGGGCUGGUCGAAUAA